AGCGCCUGUCACCAAUACAGUGAAGGUUGGCUGCCCAGAGUUCAUUUCUCGUCUCGGGCACGCUGUUCUUUCUCGUGCUCCUUAGGAGUGUACAUAUGGGUUUUGCCUUUUGCGUUUGCAUCGUCGUCAACAUCAGCAGCAAUAGUCUACCCUCUAAUCGUUGACUACAGUGUAACAAGUUUCGUUUUCUACAUGAUGUCACAGAGUAAGAUAAUAGCAGUGACGUGACCUUUCAUGAAAUAAUCAAGACGCCCUCCAAUCUUGAAGAGAUCGCCUCGUCGCGUUCCUGACAGUUUCUAAACGCUCGAAACACUUGCUAAGAGACAGAGAGAGAGAGAAAGCUGAACAUUGAAGACUGACACACUGCACUGCUUCAAGUAUUCCGUCUGAACUGUCGGGUUGGACAUACAGGUGAAUUUGACUACUGGUACUUUCACAAGGGUUAUCUUGACCAUCAACAUCCAUCACCCCUUUAUUUAGUAUUGUUUGGAAGUGCUUUACCCACCCUCUUCACCGAUUUGGUCCACUACAGGCUGUCUUCUGUAUCUCCUCAUUACCUCCCAGAACUCCUUUGGUGGAUACAAAUGCUGCGAUCCUUCUUAUUUCUCCUGUGCGUGUCUCCUUGUCUCCUGACGAAGGAUACAGGAAGAUGCCAAGGCGAAGACUGCAAGAUAAAUACCUGGCAGAAAACAAGCUGCACGACAGACGACGAUUGCGAUCAGCCACACGUCGUGUGCUACAAACACCAGUGUAGGUGUGAACCUGGAUACUUCAUAACAACAAAUGAUACGUGCACUAGCACGUGCAGCACAGACGAGUUGCAGGAGAACUUUACAGAAUAUCCAGACAGCGGGAUACGUGGAAACCACCUUGAUAGCUCGGAUAGAGUCAGUCUGGAAUACUGCAAGGGCAGGUGCCAGGUUGACAAGCGUUGCCUCACCUUUGAUUUCAAAGCCCAUGGAGGUCUCUGUCGGCUUCAUGCUGUUACCGCUCGUGAGUCUCCCUCAAACUGGUCUCCUAAGACGAGUAAAGGCUGGACCCACUUCCAGAAAUCCUGCCAGUCCACUUUUGCUUCACACAAUAACUGGUACAACUUACUGUGUCACAGCAAGAUGGACUGUCCUGACCCAAACAGCGAUUGUUUGUCGGGCAGAUGCUUGUGUGAUUUAAGCUUCAACUUUAAUGAAAAUAAGAAGGAGUGUCAUGCUCCACGGACAUGUCAAGACUGGCAGGACAAAGGAGGCAAGAGUGGUGUUUACACCAUUCAGCUACCACUCAACAAGGGACCUCAGACAGUGUGGUGCGACAUGGAGUCUCCCAGAGGCAGCUGGCUGGUGUUCCACAGACGUCGCGACUUCUCAGUUGACUUCCACCGGAACUGGACAGAAUAUGAAAAAGGUUUCGGCAGCAUCUCUGAAGAUUUCUGGCUGGGCCUGUCCACACUUCACACACUGACACAUCAUGGACGAUCAUGGCGCUUGAGAGUGGACAUUGAGUCUUACGCAGGAAAAGUUUUCUGGGCUGAGUACAACUUUUUCUAUGUGUACGGUCCUGAGUCUAACUACCAACUUUACCUGGGCACCUACUCGGGUGACGCAGCAGAUCGGAUGAAACCUAGUGACAGAUGGAGGUUUUCAACCUAUGACCGAAACGAGAACGACUGUAAAAUUUCUAGGAUGGGCGGCUGGUGGUACCCGGAUGACUGUGGCAGCACUAACCUCAACAGCCCUGAUAAAAAUCUCAUUACUUGGGGUGGCACCCGCCUGACGUUCUCGGAGAUGAAGAUGAAGCCAAAGUAACACCACCUAGUCUCCUGUACUCACUGCUUACACCGCCAGUCUACUGUUCACUACAUGUUCCACUGACAAUGUGAGCUCAGUGUAGAUUAAUCUUUCGCAAUAUUCUAGCAUCCGAUUUACUUUGAUUAUAUUGCCUAGUGAUUCUAUUACACAUGUGUUGUAUUAUUUCUUUCAGAUUUGGAUUUGCUUGGAUAAACUAACAUGUUUAAAAACGUAAAAUCUAAGUUUAAUUAAUUAAUUUACCAUUUAAUUGUGCCUAGGUUGUAGUAAACGUGUAAUGAACUGUCGCUAUACACCUAAUAGUUUAUGCAAUGUUGGCAGUUGACUCGGUGUGAAAAAGGUAACAAUCAUCCGAGAGUUUCAUUUUAACAAUUAUGCAAAAACACGGAUACUGAUUGUAUCAAACACUGCUGUUCAUUAUUUCAUUACUGACAAUAACUGAACAUGACUCAGAUCAUUACAUUCUUUAAUUGUUUGGCAUUAAAAAGGGUUGAAGUUUA